CUCCCAUUUUUAAAUGAGGAAAGCUGAGUUGAAUCACACACUGGCUGAUCUGUAGAGUCGCUUGAUUAAAAGCUGCCAAACUAAAGAAAUUCAAGAUCAGAAGAGAAUUACGUCAACAACAUCCAUCAGUCUGUAAUAGUUUCACACAAUGAGAGCCACAAAUGGAGAAAAAAAUUAACAAUUCAAUUUAGGUUUUUAAACAGGCUGUACAUGCUAAAACAAAAGCUCUAUCAUGGCUAAAUGAAAACAUCUGCUGAGAAUUUCCCAAAAGGAACCUGAGUUAUUCUGAGAGGAAGAAGCAAAAUCUUUCAGUAUUUUUGUAGUGAGGCAGAGACGUUGUGAAUGAUAUUCAGAAACAUCCCAGCUGGAGCUACAGUCCACGGUGGAGACGAUGCUGGACUGACCCUUGACUUGGGGGCAGGAGAUCUCAAGACUUGGGACAUUUCUGGGCGUGUGCAGCUGGUUUUCCGCUCAAAGGUUGUUUUCAGCCGACUGUCCCUGGCCACGUUUAGUCAGGAACUACAACCGCUUCAUACUUCCUACAUCAAGUUCCAGGGUUCAGGACGAUGAAGAAGCUGCUGCUGGACGUGGACUGUGGCGUGGACGACGCUCAGGCCAUCAUGCUGGCUCUGGCCGCUCCCAGUGUGGAGAUCCUGGGCAUCACCUGCGUGCACGGGAACACCACGGUGGAGAACGUGUGCAAGAACGUUCUGCGGGUUCUGCAGGUCUGCAAUAAGCUGGAGAUUCCAGUCUUUAAAGGCGCUGACAGGCCUAUCCUUGGGAAAAGACUAAAUGCGGGAUCCUUUCAUGGGAAGGACGGCCUGGGCGACGCUCCUGACCCCGACGCUCCGGGUCUGGACCAGCUUCAGAAGGAGAGCGCCGUGUCGGGCAUAGUCAGGAUUGUUAACGAAAACCCAGGAGAGGUGUCGUUGGUUGCCACGGCGCCGCUCACCAACCUGGCUCUGGCUGUGAGGAUGGAUCCGUCUUUGCCGGCCAAACUGAAAGGACUCUACAUCAUGGGAGGGAACACUGAGUCCCGAGGAAACACCUCGGUGUGCGGCGAGUUCAACUUCACCGAUGAUCCAGAAGCGGCGUACAUCGUGCUGAACGAUUACCAGUGUCCCACCUACUUGGCCUGCUGGGAGUUCACCUGCUACAACAAGCUGCCUUGGGAGUUUUGCAACGCCUGGCUGGCGCAGAACAGCCACAAAGCUCGCUUCAUGGCGAAGAUCUUCAGCCACAGCAUCGAGGCGUCGAAAACCGAGCGCUUCGAGAAAGAGUUCAUCGCGGGUUCGGGCCUGAUUUCCUGCGACUCGUACGCCAUGGCGGCCGCUGUGGACGACUCCUUCGUCGUAGAGAGCGACCAGUUCCCGGUUAGCGUGGAGCUGGUGGGCACGCACACCAGAGGCAUGAUGGUAGUGGACACUCUGGGCUUGCUGAACAAGACGCACAAGGUUUUUAUCAUAAAAAAGGUAGACAUGGAGAAGUUCAGGAAGAUGAUGAUGGCGGCUCUGAAAUGAGAGUCUGAACUUAAUACUGAAGGUCGCUGCUGUUCCCCACACGUUUUGUGGUUCACCUGUUUUGUUUUUCGUAUUGUAAAACUCAGUUACCUCAACAACGCAAUGACUCCACUUUCAACAGACAAACCUCUGACUUUGGUCAUCAUUUAUUUAAGUUGAUGAUUUUCAUUCAAAAUAACAAAAUAAAAUGUUCCAACAAGGAAGGAAAACAUGUUGAACACUCC